AUGGCGCAUAUAAUCGACGGGGAAGAGUUCUCCGGUGAGCAUUUGCUCACAAAAUUCACAGAGAAAGAAAGGAAGGUGAUGAAGCCCAAGCACUGCAUGCGGCGGUGCUUUCGAUACGCAGGUUGUGUGGCCUUCAACUACCACUACUUUGACGAUUUCGACAUUUGCGAGCUCUUCUCAGCAGUCGGGCCAACAAUAGAGAACACUGCUAAUGUCACACGAGGCUUCUUCUCCUCCGACUGCGACGUAAUUGACGAUUUUUAUGAUUACCGCAUGUCCAGAGAAGUCUCCAUCAUCUUCAAAAAAGUGUCUGAGUUCGUCGACGACGAAGUCAGAAAAAAUCUACUCACGGAUGUUUUGACAGUCAAUAAUCUGCGACCAGAUAUGAACAACAAGUGGAAUCUAACAGCGCUCGGGCGAAAUGGAGAUACAGGUUUGAGCGAAGCAGAACGCUUCAAGUUCCAAGUGACGGAAUUUCCACUCGGUGAGCACACCAUGUGCCAUUUCAAGUUCGAAGUCGACCGAGUGGUGAGAGUUAACUCGGAACGAGAUAACAGUGAGUACAUAAAAGAGUUCUUCGGGUCCGACGAUGUCUUUGUCGCCAAUUUGUUUAAAAUCAAGUGGCCCGAGAACAUAGAGCUCUAUGACAUCGAAGCGUCCCCGUCCGACAUUCGCAUUGUCUCCUCGCAAGAGUACUAUGGAAUGAAAGGGAGAAAGGCAGAUCGCGUUGAUGGUAAAUGCACUGCGUUAGCAGGAGAGCUCAAGUGCACUUGCGGGCCGGGUCUUUAUUGGGAAGAUGGAGCGUGCAAGGACGUUGACGAGUGUCAGGAUGAAGAUGUCGGCAACUACAUCUGCGGAAAAAAUCAGGAACGGGAAUGCUGGAAUCAGCGCGGCUCAUUCAACUGCAUAUCAUACCCAGAGCAUGACGAGUUUAAAUCCGCAGCUGCUCAGCGAAUCGCCAUUCUUAUUGCCAGACAAGAAAAACUGCCAAAACGAUUCGAUUACUCAACAUGGGUUAUGAACAUCAUCCUCUUCAUGGACGAAAUCGACAACGUUUCAAUCGACGGCAACUGCACUAAUCCCUUCAACUAUGACCAUUUCGAUUCUGCUUACGACAUCGCGCGCGCUGGAGACACCAAUAUCUGGUUUCAACAGCUUUACGAGAAAGUAUUCUGGGUCUUCAAAGAUUGCGACAAGUACGGGCGGAUGAAAGAGUAUUUCCGAAAAGUCCGCCGCCUCUAUCGCCAAGGAGUGCGCUCUGGCAAAAAUCCCGACAUGUUUACCGACUUGAACGAGGAACACAUGCUCGCGAAGUUUUCCUCGGCUGACUACGAAGAAGAAAAUUACGAAGACUACUUCCAGGAGCGCUCAAGGAAACUAGAAUCAAAGUUGAUAUCUGCGCCUCGAAAGGAAGACCACCAUCAAGCAGCUCGAAAUGAAUUCGAAAGCAUCGACUGGAGCUGGACGGAUGACUACAAUUGGUCGUAG